UGCCACAAACCCGGCGGAGAUCGGAGGGGAAGGAGCGCACUGCCGGAGCUGCUGGGAGAGGGGAAAGAGAGAGAAGGAGAGAGACACACGCUGAAUCCGGAGGAUAGAGAGAGAGAGAGAGAGAGAGGGAGUGAGAGAGAGCGCCCACUGAAAAGCGUGUUUCAGCGAAGAAACGCUCAGUUUGAAGGAGGAGAGCGGAGAGGCUGCACGUUUAUUGUCUCCCGAUCAGUUUUACGCACGCACACGGGAGCUGCCUCCUCCAGGAGAUAGUGUUAUCUUUUGCGCAAGAACGGACUGUUAUCGGGACAGCGUAAUAAAAGGAAAAUCGAUGGGAAAAUAUUUUUGAUUCUUAGUCACAGGUGCUCUUACCAAGUCAAUGCGCCACUUGGAGAGUGAGAGCAAAAGGUUUUGGGAUAUUUUGUCGAACCGAAGGAGAAAGACGCGUGGUACUUUUUCCAGGUUUUCUCAAACUUAAUGGUCAUCUGCAGAUGCGGCUGAUGCUCCUUGGUGGUUUCAACCUGUGCAUUCUACUUUGUUUGAAAUUUGCCAGUCAACUGAGUUGACUUUAUUUUCCCACGCGUGUUUCGACUGACAGAGGGACACUGUGAGCACCGAAAUGGAUUUCGCAGUUUUAAAAAUGUUUUUAUUGGACAAACUGCGCUGAUUUCAGAUCAGUUUUGCGCUAAUUGCGCAGACCAGUUUCUACGACACAAGAAGCAGUGCCACACACUGAGGCAACCCAUACGAACAUUGUAGUUUAACCAGCCUGAUAUUCCUGGAGAGCUCCGUGAACACAGCCCGGCGUUUGUAGUGGAGUUGGGGCACCAGGCGUGUUGCGCUCGGGAGAAACAGAAAACAGUGGAAAGAAAAGGAGACUUUGGACUGCAGCUUUGUCUCAGAUAAACAGAAGCAAACCACAGAGGAGGAGAAGAGCUGCUUUUUCUCCACACUCGAGGAAAAAAAAGAUGGAUUUACUCAUAUGGCUCUGUGGAUGUUUACUGGCUUUUCUUUUGCCUCCAACAGUCACAGCAGAGGAAGGAGCGUCUGAGCCAUGCGGUGGCUAUUUAGAUGCGAGCGACGCCGGAUACAUCACCACACCUGGCUACCCGCUCGAGUACCCACCUCACCAGAACUGCCGCUGGGUCAUCACAGCCCCUGAGCCCUCGCAACGCAUUGUCCUCAACUUCAACCCGCACUUUGAGAUAGAGAAGCUGGACUGCAGGUACGACUACGUAGAGAUCCACGAUGGAAACUCAGAGUCAGCUGACCUACUGGGGAAACACUGCAGCAACAUCGCCCCCGCACCCAUCAUAUCGUCGGGCCCCUCGCUCCACAUCAAGUUCGUGUCGGACUACGCCCACCAAGGGGCGGGCUUCUCGCUGCGCUACGAAAUCUUCAAAACUGGCUCAGACUGUUCCCGUAACUUCACCAGUCCCUCGGGUCUCAUUGAGUCUCCUGGCUUCCCCGACAAAUACCCCCACAACCUGGAGUGCUCCUUCAUCAUCAUCGUCCCUCCCAGCAUGGAUGUCACCCUCACCUUCCUCACCUUUGACCUGGAGAACGACCCCCUGCCGGGCGGAGAGGGAGACUGCAAGUACGACUGGCUGGAGGUGUGGGACGGGCUCCCGGGAGUUGGCCCUCAGAUCGGUCGUUACUGUGGGACCAGGGUGCCGCCAGAGAUCCAGUCAUCCACUGGGAUUCUCUCUCUGUCUUUCCACACGGACAUGGCCGUGGCUAAAGAUGGCUUCUCAGCUCGAUACAACAUGACGCACAAGGAAGUCAGUGAGACUUUCCAUUGCAGUAAUGCGUUCGGUAUGGAGUCGGGGAAGAUCACAGAUGACCAGAUCACCGCCUCGUCCAGUUUUUAUGAUGAACACUGGCUGCCGCGACAGGCCCGACUCAAUUACAAUGACAACGCAUGGACGCCCAAUGAGGACAGCAAUAGGGAGUACAUACAGGUGGACCUCCAUACUUUGAAAGUGCUGACAGGCAUCGCCACGCAGGGCGCCAUUUCGAAGGAAACUGAGAAGACCUACUAUGUCACCACCUUCAAGCUUGAGGUCAGCACCAAUGGAGAGGACUGGAUGGUCUACAGACAUGGCAAGAAUCAUAAGGUUUUUCAUGCCAACGCUGACGCCACAGAUGUGGUUCUCAAUCGGAUCCCACAGCCGGUGCUGGCCCGCUUCGUCCGGAUCAGACCUCAGACCUGGAAGAACGGCAUUGCACUGCGGUUCGAGCUUUACGGCUGUCAGAUUACAGAUGCUCCCUGCUCAGAGCUGCAGGGCAUGUUGUCUGGGCUGCUGCCUGACUCCCAGAUCUCUGCAUCCUCCAUGAGGGACAUCCACGGCUCCAUGGGGGCGGCCAGGCUGGUGGCCAGUCGGUCAGGCUGGUUUCCCAACCCAACGCAACCCAUAGCGGGAGAGGAGUGGCUACAGGUGGACCUCGGCGUGCCCAAGAUGGUGCGUGGUAUUAUUACCCAGGGUGCAAGAGGGCUGGAGGGCAGCACCAGCGCUGAGAACAGAGCGUUUGUCAGGAAGUACAAACUGGCGCACAGCUUAACCGGCAAAGAGUGGACCUACAUCACCGACAGCAAGACGGGCUUUGCUAAGAUUUUCGAGGGGAACAGCCACUACGACACUCCAGAGGUGCGGAGGUUCGACGAGAUAGUGGCCCAGUACAUCAGAGUCUUUCCGGAGAGGUGGUCGCCCGCUGGGAUUGGCAUGAGGAUGGAGGUCCUCGGCUGUGACCUGCCUGAAACCACUACUGUACCUGACACAGUGACCCCCACCGUGCCCAGAGUGGAGCAGACAACUGCUGCUAUGAGACCUGCCACCACCCCGUCCCUGUCGGCUGUAUGUGACUUUGAGCAGAGCUUGUGCGGCUGGUCGGCUGAUCCCCAGUCAGGUGUGAGCUGGUCCCUGCACACAGCCAGCAGCAGUUCAACUGGACACGGCACACAUGAGACGAGACAGGAUCUGGCUCUGGGAUCAGACAAUUUCUCAGGGAACUACCUCCACCUGGAUGCAGGUGGCCACACCCAGCGCAAGCGAGCCCGGCUGCUGAGCCCUGAGGUGGGGCCAGAGCGAGGCCCGCUUUGCCUCCUCUUCUACUACCAACUCCAAGGGGAGGCGCAGGGGAGCCUAAGGGUGCUGCUGAGAGACAGCGACCAGGAGGAGACACUGCUAUGGGUGCUUAAAGGAGACCAGGGGCCCCACUGGAGGGAGGGCCGCACCAUCCUGCCCCAGAGCCCCAAAGAGUAUCAGGUGGUGUUCGAAGGUUUCUUUGAUCACCCGACCAGAGGCCACAUCCGAAUCGAUAACAUCCACAUGAGCAACAGCAUCGAGCUGGAACAGUGUACACAGCCUUUCCCUGCUUUAACUCCUGGCAUAACCAGGGGUGCCAUGUCUGGGAUGGAGCCCACAGUAGACACAGUGGUGGCGCAGCCCGUCCCUGCCUACUGGUACUAUGUGUUGGCGGGAGCCGGCGCCGUCUUGCUGCUGGUCACUGUAACUGUGGUGGUGAUACUGUGCUGCCAUCGGUACCACUGGGCAACCAAGAAGACCAGCAGUAGCCAUCAUCAUCAUUCAGUGAUGUACCACAACAGCCAACAUCCGAAUCAGCAAGCUCACCAAAACUGCUACCAGAACCAAAACCUCACUUAUAAUCUGAUCCACAGCCCCAACCAAAACCACCUGUACCCAGGUACCGGGCCAAGUCUCGAACCCAUGCUCACCAUCAGACUGGAGAAAGAUGACUGCCAUGAUUCCCAGUGUUGAAACACAAUGGACAAUGUGAAUGAUACAAUUUUAUUAAAGUGAUCAAGGGUUGUGAAAACUCCCUUAAAUGAAUGAUCAACAGAGGUAUUCAGCAUAAUCGACACUCUUCACUGAUGAGAAUCUACACUGGGGAGACACUACAACACUAGUACCUGUUGCAUAUGACUGAUCUCACUGACUGACCAGGAUGCACUUUUGCUAAACUUCCUUAUCGGCUGGAACUAGUAGAAUGAUGUCCUGACGCUGAACUUUAUAAAUAUCCCUCCCUGGGGAGAGCAGAUAAAAUAACUUUUGAUUCUGAUGGCUGAUGAGAGCCUGAGAAAAAGGACAUAGUGCAACUUUUUUGCUGUUCUUUAGAGCAUACUGGCUUCGACAGCUGCAUUACAAUCUGAAUAUGAGAGGGAAUAACAACAGAAACACAGGUAGACUGACGAAUUGACUGUGGACAAAACAUGUACUUGCAGUGUAUAAUGUCAACAUUUUAACAGCUUAUUUUCCUCUUCUACAAUGUCAGAGCAGGAUGAGUCUGGCUGCCCUGCUCUGGGCUGCAGCUUGGACAAAUACCCUGUCUGACAGUGAGGGGAUUUACACACAGGUACAGGGAGGGAGAGAAGACACAAUGUGUGCUGCAUGAAAAGAGGAGGCUAUUUCUUUGGGACUGAAUGGAGCUGCAGUUUAUUUGUUCACUAGCCUUUGAGAGACCGGGAGUGACAGAGACAGAUUAAGAGCAGAAAAGGGGAGAGGUAAAAGGAGAAUUAGCGUUCUCCGUCCAGCCAUGACUGAUAGACAGCUACACUUCCAGCGUUUGUUGCUCCUUUGCUCUAUGAACAAGGGAUCAGGGCGGUGCUGUUCUCUGCCUGGUUUACACAAGGGAAAGAUAGGAUGAGACGACUUAAAUCGCAUCCUGCACACCUAGAAACAAACACACACUGCAUCAAAACAGGCAAUGGCUUAAAAGUCUCAAACACACACACACACACACACACAUAUGCACGGACACCUCAAGACUUUACAAGUCCCAUGUGUUACCUUGAGUGCAUUUUUCAUCACAUCCUGAUAUGCCUUUUCUUUAAAAAUGUGCUUUAAAACUAUUACCUCUUCACCUCCAGAACGAGGUCGUGCCUCAGUGUCAAAUAAGAGUAUGAAUUGACUCUAUACAGUUUGUUGCCUGGAUCUCAUGGAUAACCCAAUGCCUGUGUCUGUUAAUGUUCAAAUUAAACAUCUUAGUAUGUCCUGCAUUCAUUAGUAGUAUCUGAAGUAUCUGAAGGUGCAGGUAUGCUUUCCUUCUUGUCUGUGCAAUUGAAAAGAAAAUCUUAAUAUCUUUAUUUUAUGGACAGACUUCACUGCAUUUUGUGUGUUAUCCUGGAUUACAUGUCGACACUUUUUUUUUUUUUUUUUUUUUUUUAGCAAAUUGGCCUGGUAACCUGAAAAGAAUUUAGCUACCAAAUUACCAGUAUUGCUUGUAUUGAACAGGUGAGACCAAACAUGCUGUGACAACGAGCAUCUUACAUACAAAGCUUUUCAUAGAAGAGCUGAUCCAAGCUCACUGCUCAGUUCUCCUGAUCAUUUCAUUCACCAUGAUCUGUUAAGUACAGACUGAUUCCAGUGCAGCGCGACCGUCAGAUAACAUUUUUUUUUCACCCGGUCACAUUUAUAUUUUGGCAUCCAUCACUGCGUGUUGAAAGAGAACAGGAUGUAAGUUUGCGUGAAUAUUUACUCGAGUGUAACAUGAUGCACUUCUGAUUAAGUUGUGUUACACGUUAUUUUGCAAUGUUGAGAGUAACAUUAGCACUUUUCUUCUUAAUAUUCAUUUAUUGAAGGUUGAUGAUUUCUUACAUUUACUGUGAAUCUUAAAGAAAAAUAAGUUGGGCCAUGUACUGGUGGUGAAUUAAAUGCCAUUUUUUUCUUUGUAAUCACAUGUUACAGUAGGCCUAUAUGUGUUUCUGAUGUAUAAUAGUUAUACUUUGUUUAUUUUUAUACUUACUAUUGUUAUUAGGGCAACAAUUAUGUCGAUUGUGUUCACUGAGAUGAUCUUAACAAGUUUCUUCACUUUCAUUUGGUGUCACAUCCUCCAGUUGAAGCCAUUUUGUCCCUCACUGAAAGCAUCCAGUUUAAUUCCGAAAGGGGCACAAAACUGAAGCAAAUCAACGUGUUAUAUGUAAAGAUGACGAUGUAAAAACAAGGAAUAUUAAUGUGCUUUUGGAUGGAGAAGCCCAGUAUCAGCUUCUAUUCAGAUCCACGCCUGUGAAAUUGGGCGUAUCCCUGUGGUACUUGUUUUCUGGACUUCUCUGUUGUGUUCUACCCCCUACAUCAUUUUGUUCAUGCCUAAAUCCCCCAGCCUUAUUUUAUUUUUCUUCUUUUUUUUUUUUUUUUUUUUUUAUCAAAACCCGCUUGUUCCUAUUCUACUCUUUCCCUUCAUUGCAAAUCCUCCUAGUAAAAAACACAGGAGAGAAAAUGAGAGGCAGAAAUGGAAUAGAGCAAAAUCUCUCAGAGGAGAAGGGCCCAUUAAGUGAGCCCCCUUUCCCUCCAAAGAAUGCGCCCAGAGAUGGAGUGAGAUGAAAGAAGUAAAAAAAAAAAAAAUGCUCUCUAUACUUUCUAAAGAUAGAUUUUUUUUUCUUUACUCCAAGAAGAAGGCUAACAGGGAGGCAGGUUGGGGUUUGGACUGAAGGAGGGAGAGAAUUGAAGGAGGAGGGCAGGUUGUUUCAAACACAACAGCAGAUGAAAGGAGUCUUUUGGCAGAAUAGACUGUGAGAUGUGAUACACAUUAUGUGCUCUGCACACAUACACUCACAUGCACCAUCUAACAAACACAAACCCGUCUUAGCGAGGAAUCCACCGCGCUAUCAGAUUCAGCUAUUUAAAUCACUGUUUCACUCAUUUUCCAUAUUCACCAUAUUGACUUAAUCCAAUGUAUUGUGUCUCAUAAAAUUCUGUUUUGUGCUUUAGUCAACAAGCACUUUAGUUUUUUUGUGCUUGCAUAUCCAUUUUCUGCCCCCCCACCCCCACUCCCACCCCACCCCUGCUUCCAUUUCAAUCGACUUGCUUGUGAUUUACACAUUAUAUGACUCAUUCUAGCAGCCCUGUGCUGUAACCCAAUCAAUGUGGGUCCGAGAUUCAAAUAGGAGAAUGAUAUACGACUGUAUUUAUGUUGUGCUACCCGUGCACUUUUUCUCUUUCAUUCUCUCUCCCUCUAUCAAACUUUUUGCAAGAUUUGGAAAAUGUGCUGGCAUCUUUUCAUGCAGCACUUUUAAAUCAACUUUCCCUCACUUCCCGCUCCCUUCUCCAUCAUAGACUACUUUGAAGCCCUUUAAUAUUUCUAAUUAGUUAAUGGAGCUGAUUGCAUUCAUAAAACCCUGCGGUAAGCAUUUCUAGCCCUCAGACCAUCUCUGUGUUUUUUUUCCCCCGUUCCUCCGCCUCCUCUGUUUCUUCUGAGAAAUAUUACAAGUGAAAGCACUCUAACAGGUCCUUGGGCCCCCACUGGAACCGAAUAUGGUGCCAAAGAGCCAUCCAUGUCUUUGCCGGAAUAAAAAAAAAAAAUCCCCCUUUUUUUAUUUUUCUCUUUACUAAUUGGAGAGUGGAGAUAAAAUGGGGCCACAGGGAGUUUUAAUCUCCUUUCAGAUCCGCGUGAUAAUUCUUCUCAGGAUCCUAGCCUGAGGGCUUUAAGCCAGGAUCAUUAGAAAGUGUUCAACAGCCGUCCAAACAGUGUCCGAGCAUCCCUCAUUUUUAUCCCGCUUCUUUUUCCUAUCUCUCUGUUAGUGAUUUAAUGUUUUGUUGAGGACUGCGGUGAUUUCAGUUGACUGUGACAGAGGAGCAUUUAGGGUCCGUUGUGAGACUGUGCAUUUACACAAUCAGAAGACAGAAGAGAGCACUGAUGACAUGCCUUCAUGUGCAUGUUAUAAGUCUAGAAGAUCACAUUUCAGACCUGCAUACAGUAUUAUAAUUCACAGUGUGACUACUGGGAUCAACCAUAUUUAGCACAUUUAGCUUUACAGGUAGUGUUUUAGUUUCAGGGCUAACUGCCUAUUCAGAAUACCUUCACAUUGAACAAGAUGACAGAGUGAGGCCAACUUGAUUUAAAAACAUGGUUCUCCAAGCUUGCAUGCUUUGAGACGUCUGUCUUGUCUUUUUGAUCGCCUGUAUUUUACUCCUCUGUUUUGGUGACGUUAAACCACAGAUCUUAGGGGUAAAGUGCAGCUUCAUAUUGAGUUUUUUGAAAAAUCUACCUUGAUGAUGUCAUUUUUAUCAAGUGAAUCGAUGAUGUUAUUUCUAUUGUUCUUUGUGUUCUUGUUGUAAUAAUUGAGGUUUUUUUAUUAUUAUUAAUCAGAAAGAUUUUUCUUGAUGUAAAUCUGUUAAAGACGGAUCAUUCUGAAAUGUGGCCUCAGCAAGGGAUGAACUUGAGUUACCUCUAAUUCAAAGUUGCGACUAGUUUAGACUCAUUCAGACUGAAUAACACCAGCUUUGAAGUGGUAAACUGCUCAUCCAUUCAUCCCCGGCUUCAGCCACAUCACUGUUUUAUUUAAUCUUGUGCACUUUCUCUGCCCGUGUAAAGCAAAGACCUCGACUUAAUGAUUGUCUUUUUGACUCGCGCUGGAUUUUCACAACCUUGCACUUCAAGCAAAUUAAACACUGAGCUACAGAAAAACACACAAAGCCAAUAGAGGGGUCGGACUCGCAAUCAAAUAAUUAGAUUUCAAUUCAAAGAAAAUUUCAACAACCGAACACUUGGGAUGAAAUACCCUUCAAUUAACGUGGGGUUUGUUGGUUGCUGUAAUAAUAUUUGAAUUGAAUUUAAAUUGAGUGACUUUGUUUUGUUUACUCUCUUAUUGGUUUUGGAGGUCAAUUUUGGGUCAGUUUCAAACAAUUAAAGAUUGAUUCAGUCACUUCUUUAAUUUCAAGUAAAUUACUUCAUAUUUAAUCCAUUUGUAAAUUGUAUUUCUGUCACAGAUAGCAGGUGUCAGUUAAAAGUAUUAAUGUAUAUUAUUUACAGAUUGAAGAGCACUGGAAGUUUGUAAAGGCUGUUUAUAGAUGGUAUAAUAUGGAGAUGCCACAUGUUAGAAAUUGUCUCAUAGAAAAAUGACCUCACCUAACUGAGGAAAUGAGGCUCUGUAUCUUUUUUUCAUAUCUACUAAAUUAGUUUUCCACCUCUUAUCUUUUGAAUAUCUAUUACUGUUUCACUUCAUAAUGCGUUUUUGGUUCCUUUGCCCCUGCAAUAAAUGGUUAUCAGCUGCCCAGAUAUUGCUCUGUUUUUUCUGGGGAUUGUAAUAGCAAUUUCCUUGAAUAAAACUGAAUUGAAGCAGGAUUGAGCCUCCAAACCCUUCAAA